AUGGCGGCACCGCCAUUGGUGUCGCCCGCGGCGCUGGCCGCCCUGGAGAGCGAAGGCUGGCACGUCUCCCCGCACGCGCUGCUCGCACUGCUCGCCGCGAAACCCCCCUCCGCGGACGGCGGCGCACCGGAUCCGCAAGCCCCCGCCUCCGCCGCUUCCGCGUCCUCGGCCGGGCAGCCACUUGGCGCGCCGCAGAGCGCGCCGAUGUCGGCGCAGCAGGUGCGCGCGGCGGCGCUAGACCUGGACCUCCGGCGGUUCGGCGAGGCGUGCUUGCCGGACGACGUGAACCGCGCCGAGUACCGCCGCCUGUCGGGGAGGCUCGUCGUGCAGGUAGUGUCAGCCGGAAAUGUUUGCGAGCCCAAAGGCGGGGAGGACGCUGAGUCAGCCGCCGCUGCUGCUGACGAGGACGACCAGUGGGAGGACGACAACAAUCCGCCCGCCCCCGCUGCUCCCUGUCCUGCUACUGCUUCUGUUGGUGUGGAUGGGCUGGGAGGGCGAGGUGCUGUGGGUGGCAGUGGGGGGCGAAGGCUGCUGCGCGUUCGGGUGACGGACGGCAAGAGGAAUGCGAGUGCUGUGGAGAUGCACCCCUGCCCGCACGUGCCCGCUGCUCUUGCUCCAGGCACCAAGCUGCUCCUCACGGCCCCCACCAUCCGCCACGGCUUCAUCCUGCUGGACCCUCACUCUGUGCAAGUGCUGGGCGGCCGUGUCUCCCCCCUCUACGACGAGUGGGACAUGCAGCGACGCUACUCCCUCCUCCCCGGCCUCACCCCCUCCGCCGCCGCCUCCUCCUCUGGCCACUCUGCCCGCUCCGCCCGUGCCUCCCCCGCCUCCUCCUCCUCGCUCUCCGCCUCCUCUCUCCCUGGUGCCUCUGCCGGCCCGCCUCCCUUCCGCGGGGUCACAGACGUGCGCCUGCAAGCAGCGCCAGCUGUCACGACUGCCACCACACCUGCCGGCACACAUGAGUCUGGAGCAGCAGGCGGGGGGCCGGCAGGAGGGCGUGGGGGUGAGGCCAGUGCUGCCGGCUCUGCCCCUGCAGCAGCGGCAGCAACGGGAGCAGCAGGUAGUGCAGUGAGAGAAGGGGGGGGAGGGUCGGCAGAGGCGGGGGAAGCAGGGGCAGCAGCAGAGGCAGCGAGGGAGAGGGCGGUGGAGCGGGCGAGAGUUGAGGCUGCUGCUGCUCUCAAACACGCUGCUCCCCACGACAGGAGCGCUUCCAGGAAGCUUCUGGAGAAGAUGGGGGAGGAGCAGGGGCGAGGCAGGGGCAGGCGGGGUGGGCGUGGGGGAAGGGGGAGGGGGAGGAGGGGCCGGGAGGAGGAGGAGGAGGAGGGGACGAUGACACUAGAGGAAUAUGAGGCGAGGAAGGCUAUGGGGACGCAAGGAGGGGGACGAGGGGCACACGCAGCCCACACGCAUCCACACGCGCACCACACGCCUCCCACUGCCACGUCAGCAUCGGAGCAGCUGCGCCAAUCACUGUUCAGCUUCCAACCAGCAGCUGAGCCCGAGGGGAGCUACGAAGGGGGCAGGGGCGGGCGGGGCAGACGGGGGAGGAGGGGCGGAGGGUUUGGAGGGAGCAGCAGUGGCAGAUACGGGGGUAGAGGGGGAGGGAGAGGAGGCAGAGGAUGGUAA